GUAGGAGGAGGAAGAGGAGGAUGGAUGAGUGACGACGGUGUCGGGGCUCGUCACUUGGUCAGGUUCACGGUAUCUACCAGUGUAAACACACAGAGGCAGAGCGAUAACUAAACACCACUUACUGUCGGACCGCUGUCUUCUUCCUCUUCUUCGUGUUGUCGCGCUCUCUGGGAGGAAGAAAGGAUAUUAUGGCUGCACCCUCUCCACAGAUCCGAGGACUUCAAACAGACGAGAAUGAAUCCAGAAUCCUGAAAGUGAAAGUUGUUGCUGGAAUUGGGCUGGCCAAAAAAGAUAUACUUGGAGCCAGUGAUCCGUAUACAAGACUGUCCCUCUAUGACCCCGUCAAUGGAGAAAUCACAAGUCUUCAGACUAAAACAAUAAAAAGGACACUGGACCCAAAAUGGAACGAAGAAUUCUUUUUCAGGGUUAAUCCCAGGGUGCAUCGUCUGCUCUUGGAGGUGUUUGAUGAGAACCGUCUGACACGUGAUGACUUUCUGGGACAGGUGGACAUCCCCUUGAAUCAGAUACCGACAGAAAAUCCUAACACAGAAAGGCCAUACACAUUCAAGGAUUUUCUGCUUCACCCACGAAGCCACAAGUCCAGAGUCAAAGGUCACCUGCGUCUCAAAAUGACCUACCUUCCCAAAAACUCAGGUUCAGAGGAAGAAACACCAGAGCAGACUGAGGACACAGAUCCUGGUUGGGAGUUUCUGGAGGCUCAGGACAUGUCAGGUCCCAGACAAAGCCAGGUGCUGCCUGCUCUGCCCCCUGGCUGGGAAGAGCGCCAGGACAACCUGGGAAGAACCUACUAUGUCAAUCAUGAGAGCAGAACCACACAGUGGCAAAGACCCACAAUUCAGGACAGUGAUGUAGAGCUGCAAAGAAGACAGAACAAUAAUAUGGACGUGGAGCAUGCUUUUAAUACACGCAGACAGAUCUCAGACCACGACGAGAACAGCACACGAGAGUCUCCUGAGAGCUGGGAGAUUAUCACAGAGGAUGAGUCCACCUUGUACCACAGCAGUAACCAGCAGCUCGGGUCACCUCCCGCACGCACACCUGUGCCUGAGUUCCACGCGGUCAGCGACGACCUGAGAAACAUUCACCUUUCAGGGGCCACAGCUGGCGAGCUGCGCACCUCCCAGACAGAUCAUGUUAGUAAUUCAAGCCAUUCCAGUCUCAGAGGAAGUGCCCGGAAUUCAACAAGAGAGGAACAUCCUGUUAAUCCUGUGCUGCUUCCAACCUCAGCUGGGCUGCCUGCAGGCUGGGAGGAGAAGCGAGACAGUAAAGGAAGACGCUACUAUGUCAACCACAACAGCCGAACAACUUCGUGGACACGACCCCUUAUUCAGAAAACCUCAGAGGCAGCAGCAGCAGCUGCAGCAGCAGCAGCACCACCAUGUGGUUCAGGUUUACCCCAAAGCACCCCUCCAUCCCAACCACCUGUCCCCCCCGAGGAGUCUCCUCAGCACACCCCAAGCCCAGAGGCCACACAAGAGUCUGGCUUCCUGCCGGCUGGUUGGGAGGUUCGCAGUUCUCCCAAUGGAAGACCCUUUUUCAUUGACCACAACACAAAGACUACUACCUGGGAAGAUCCCAGGCUAAAGAUUCCUGUGCCCAUGAGGAGGAGAGCCUCGCUUGACCCAUGUGACCUUGGCCCUCUGCCGCCUGGUUGGGAGGAGAGGGUCCAUGCGGAUGGAAGGAUUUUCUACAUAGAUCACAACACCAGGACCACACAAUGGGAUGAUCCCAGAUUACAGAACUCAGCUAUAACUGGACCAGCAGUGCCUUAUUCCAGAGAUUAUAAACAGAAGUAUGACUACUUCCGGAAGAAGCUGAAGAAACCGGCUGACAUCCCAAACCGUUUUGAGAUGAAGCUGAGACGAAAUACGUUGCUAGAGGACUCAUACCGACGCAUCCUCUCAGUUAAGAAGGCCGACCUGCUAAAGGCACGACUGUGGGUGGAGUUUGAGGGAGAAAAAGGACUGGACUAUGGCGGCGUGGCCAGGGAGUGGUUCUUCCUCAUGUCCAGGGAGAUGUUCAACCCAUACUACGGACUGUUUGAGUAUUCUGCCACGGACAACUACACACUGCAGAUAAACCCUAACUCAGGUUUAUGUAACGAGGACCAUCUGACCUACUUCAAGUUCAUCGGCCGUGUGGCAGGCAUGGCUGUGUAUCAUGGCAAAUUGCUCGAUGCUUUCUUCAUCCGGCCUUUCUACAAGAUGAUGCUGCAGAAGCCCAUCACGCUCCAAGACAUGGAGUCUGUUGACAGUGAAUAUUUCAACUCCUUGAUGUGGAUUUUGGAGAACGACCCAACAGACUUGGAUUUGAGGUUCACCAUUGACGAAGAGCUGUUUGGACAGACCCGCCAGCAUGAACUGAAGCCAGGCGGCACAGACAUCGUUGUCACUAAUGACAAUAAGAAGGAAUAUAUCCAUCUGGUGAUGCAGUGGAGGUUUGUGAACAGGAUACAGAAGCAGAUGUCUGCCUUCAAAGAGGGAUUCUUUGAGUUGAUACCACAAGAUCUGAUAAAGAUCUUUGAUGAGAAUGAGCUUGAGCUGCUCAUGUGUGGUCUUGGAGAUGUGGAUGUGAAUGACUGGAGAGAGAACACCAAGUAUAAGAACAACUACUGCUCCAACCACAUCGUUAUCCUGUGGUUUUGGAAAACGGUGCUGUUGAUGGAUGCAGAAAAGCGAAUCCGUCUUUUACAGUUUGUGACGGGAACAUCAAGAGUCCCAAUGAAUGGCUUUGCUGAACUCUAUGGGUCUAAUGGACCACAGCUGUUUACCAUCGAGCAGUGGGGAACACGUGAUAAACUCCCCCGAGCCCACACAUGCUUCAACCGACUGGACCUGCCUCCUUAUGAGUCUUUUGAGGAACUGAGGGAGAAACUUCACAUAGCCAUCGAGAACGCACAAGGCUUCGAUGGGGUGGAUUAGUGCUUCUGCUGUAAUUGAGGUGAACUGACAUUACUGCUGAGAGAAAAAAGCUGUGCGUCAGAUUGGGGUCUCAACCUGCCAGCUGUGUGACAGUCACACAACCUUCGCUUUCCCACACUUCACGCAGAGAAAGGACAUUAAAUCUGGAGUGACGGAGGUUUGCAUCGCUCCGUGUGUUUACAAAUCAGGUUUUCUUAUUAUUGGAUUCAAAGUCGCUCAGAGGUGUAUCCGCUUUUAUUUGUUCUGCUAGAAUGCUUAAAUAUUUAAAGAACUUGAUUCUGUGAAAUGACAAUGUUACAGAAAUGAAUGUGAAUGCGAAGCUGUAUACUGUAUAACAAAAACAAACUUUAGGAAACAUUAGACUUCCCAUUGUAUUUGGUGGGAAAUUAGUUUAGUUAUGGAAAGUUUUGGAAAGUCCCUUAACUUCCCUCCACGUCCCUUCAACACAUGUUAGUGCUGGAAAGAGUGGACCAUGGGUCAGAAUAGUCAGGCCACUGUGGUAAAGUCACAAAGUUAUUUUUUUACCAAAAGGAUAACAUAAACCCUUGAUGUUUGAAUACAAAAAAAAUAUGAACUCACAAUCCAUGUAAAGUGAACAAGUCCAUAAUCCCUUUAAACGUGACAUUGGCCAAACUGGAACAUUACAAGAUGAAAAUGUUGAGGAAGAUGAGGGCAACGUGUUAGAAGUUUAUUCCAGAUGUAUAGGACGUUUUAAACGGCAAAACCUGAAUGAUAACUCGGCAAUUCAACCUAAAUAAAACGGGUGUGAAAUAUUUUCUCUCCAUUUUUUAAAUUCUCUACAUAAUUAUACAUUUUUCAUUCCAUCAAGCUCUAAACACUGAUGCAAAUCUCACACAUAUGCACCUCAGAAGCAUUUGUAGCAGAAAAUCUGCAGGUUAUACACAAGUUUGAGCGACUACUCUUAAAGCAAAUGUACCCUUUAAUCAUUAUAGUAGUGAUGUACCAAUACCAGGACCAGUUUAACAGGCUCAACUAAUUAUACCGUAGUUUGCAUCUGCGUCAUCUACAGAUCCAAAGAAGUGAGUACGUUCAGUGUUAGAUUGUGCUAAAAUACUAUGCAUAAUUGUACAUGUUGACAUGAGAUACUUGAAUGACUUUUGAGUGUCUCAGUUAUUACAUAAAUAUAUUGUACCAAGUACAAAUAUAACUUUGCCUUCUACAAAAUGAGGAUGAGUUUAUUCUUAUACUACUACUGUUUAUAGUCACUCAAAUUGGCAAAUAGUGAUUAUUGGUGCACCUCUAAAUUAUACGCCCAUCUUCUGUUUCAUGUAUGAAUCAGUAGCCACUUACACUCAAGUUCAACACUGACUGUUUGUGUAUCCGAGAAACAGAUAAAAAAAAAUAUAUAUACACACACACACACACACACACACACACACACACACACACACACACACACACACACACACACACACACACACACCCUGGACAG